GAGCGCCAUCACUUGGUUCUCCCACCGCAACAGACUGCGGAGUCGUUUCUCGGAUUCAGUUUUCCGCUCUCGUUCAAGCGUGUGCGCGGAUUCACGGCCCUAGCCAUGAGCCCCCUGGGCAUAACCCUCCUCCUCGGACUGCUGGGGGUGUCUACCGCGCAGUUCAGCAUUUCUUUGUGGAGAAACAAGACAGACUUUGAACCGAGACGCCGAACGUGGUUGGACGCGGCUGCUGUGAUUCCGGAAGAAUUGGAAAACGAAAAGAACCUGCAUUAUUACGGACUCAUCGGCCUUGGAACGCCCCCGCAAUCAUUCAAGGUUAUCUUUGACACCGGUUCUGCGAAUCUUUGGGUACCAUCGGUCAAAUGUCCCGAUACUGAAGACGGCUGCAAGGACAAAAAGAAGUAUGACAGCUCCAAGUCAAGCACUUACAAAGCAGACGGCCGCAAGUUCCGCAUCGAAUAUGGAAGCGGCAUUGUCGAGGGAAUCUACAGCACCGAUGUUCUAACCAUUGGAAAUGGCAAGGUGAACCCGCAGACGUUCGCCGAGGCCACAAAGGCCCAAGGUUCUAUCUUUAAAGCGGCUAAGUUUGAUGGACUUUUGGGUCUCGGUUACCCAGCUCUCGCCGAAGACAACGUCGUGCCAGUGUUUGACAACAUGAUGAAGCAGAACCUUCUACCCAAGCCGGUAUUCUCGGUCUAUCUCAACCGAGACCCCAAGGCCACCCCUGGAGGAGAAAUCUAUUUUGGUGGAAUCAACUCCAACCGCUAUACGGGAAGCAUCACCUACACAAGCGUCACUAAGAAGAGUUACUGGCAGUUCAAAAUGCAAGGCAUGCAAGUCAAGAAGGACAAAACCUUCUGCGUCGGAGGAUGCGAUGCUGUGAUGGACACGGGAAGCUCUUUCAUCGAGGGCCCUAGGGAUGAGAUUGAGCGGCUGAACAAAUACCUGAGAGCCACGGAGGAACCUGCGGGAGAUUGGCGUGUAAAGUGUGCCAAUAUUCCGAGAAUGCCGAAGAUUUCAUUCACCAUUGCUGGAAAGGAGUUCACCAUGACCGCCGACCAAUACAUAAUUCAGGUUCAAGGUUCGAAGAAAGUGAAGUGCUACAGUGGCUUUGCCGUGUCAGACACUCCUACGAAGAAAUUCUGGGUUCUCGGUCAGGUGUUCAUCGGCAGCUUCUACACCAUCUUCGACAGGGGCAGUGACCGCAUUGGAUUCGCGACCGUCGCCUAAAUGGCACUUUCAACUACAAGGAAAAAUAGCUGAUUGGAAUGCCGUAUGCCUACAAUUCUAUCACAAAAUACAUCGUAAUUGAAAAAAGAAUGAAAGAAAGGAAAGGAGAAAGAAAGAAUAAGACAGAGAUGGACCGACAGAAAGAGAGAGAUCUUUAAAGCGAGGCUAAUACAAUAAGUGAGGUCACAAGGACUAUAUAUGUGUUUUUAGAUUUCUGCAGCAUUAAAUACUCGAACAGUGUGAAACUAUAAGAAGCAGAAAGUUGUUGGUGCAUAUCUCAUUUGUAAAAAGAUCAACAAAACACACAAUAUUUUAGCACACGUUCGGCAACAGUUGAAACAGGUGAAACGGCUAUGAAGCGAUGCAUACGUCGUUCUUCAUCUCAGCCAUGGCCCAAGACGCAGACGAGUCUUGAAGAAACUUUCCUGAAAACUAUUUUAGACAAUGUGCCACUGCGAAGCACUGGACUUCUAUGAGCACUGGAAAAUGAAGUACAUCUUUCUUUCUUACCGAGGCACAUGGAUGCUUUUUUCCAUCCACUUUUAUCCAAUAAAAUUUAACCUGUAAUACCUCUUUGCAUAUUUCUGGCUGUGCAGAAUGAGAACGGCUCUUGCAUUCUGUGAACUAUCAGAUUUUCCCGAGCGGAGGCAAGUUUUGUGUGACAAGCGUAGAAAGUUCACGCUCAUUUUAUUGUAUUCUUUAAAAAACGAAGGGACGGAGAUAAAGUGAUUCUUUUAUGGAA